GACCAGCUUUAUAUUGGUGUCUAAAAACAAUAGAAGCUGGAAGCCAAUGUGAUAAUUGUAGGGAAAUCAUGAAGGAUGUUCAAACAUAUAAAUAUUACAGGAAUAGCAUGAGAAUACAAUCGACUUAUAGGAUUCAACUUGAAGGAGAUGAUAUUCAUAUAGAAAUUGGUGAAAACACAGAAAAAUAUACUACAUGUGGAAACUUAUCGACUGAUAUAAUAACAAAAUUAAAAGAUUUCCUUUGUAGAAAUAUUAAUAGUUUUGCCACUACCAUACAAGAGUUUAUACAUUUUGACCA